GGAAAAAAAAUAAUCUUUGAAAUCGACCAAUUAGCUACCAAAAGUGAAAAAUCUAUCCUUUGCCGCUACGGAAAUACUGUGGUUUUGACGGUUUUAUGUCUUAAACAGUCUGCUGAGGCGAGCAAAUUAAAUUUUGUUCCUUUAACUAUUUUCUUUGAAGAAAAAUUUUACUCUGUGGGAAAAAUCCCUGCUGUUUUUAACAAAAGAGAAGGCAAACCGGAUUAUAAUUCUUUUACUAUUGCCCGGCUGAUUGACCGCUCGUUAAGAAGUUUUUUUCCGUUAGGCAAUCAAUACGAAAUCCAAAUAAACUCUUCUUGGUUUUUGCUUACCACUACUGUCGCUAAGG